AUCUUUGAAGUGCCACGUCAACUGCGUCUGUUCUGUGAGUGAGGCCCUCGGCUAUUGCAGCACUAUCUUGAAUGAUGUCGAAUAACUCAGCGGUGUUCGGCAGCAAGCAGAAACUUCUUGCCACAUAUAGAUUCACGGACGAGUUCAAAGUAAGGGAGGAUUUAAUGGGACUGGCUAUCGGGGCACACGGGGCAAACAUUCAGACGGCGCGCAAACUGGACGGAGUGUUGAACAUCGAGCUGGAGGAAAACACGUGCACCUUCAAAAUCUCCGGAGAGACUGAGGAAGCGGUCAAGAAGGCUCGUGCCAUGCUCGAGUACAGCGAGGAGUCGCUGCAGGUCCCUCGGAAUCUCGUUGGCAAAGUGAUCGGCAAGAACGGGCGCAUCAUCCAGGAGAUUGUCGAUAAGAGCGGCGUCGUUCGUGUAAAGAUCGAAGGUGACAACGAACCGGAACCGAGCAUCCCGCGGGAGGAAGGCCAAGUGCCGUUUGUGUUUGUCGGCACGGUCGAAAGUAUCGCCAAUGCCAAGGUACUGCUCGAGUAUCACUUAGUGCAUUUGAAGGAGGUCGAACAACUGCGGCAGGAAAAGCUGGAAAUCGAUCAGCAGCUGCGGGCGAUUCAGGGUGCCACCAUGGGCUCGAUGCAGAACUUUUCCAUGAGUCGUCGAACGGAUCGGGCGUACAGUAGCGAUGUGGAGGGUGGUUCUCGAUCAAACCGAGGUGGCAUGCGAGGCCGUGGCGGUCGGGGUGGACGUGGAGGCAAUAUGCGCUACACUGGUCGGCGAGACGUCGGCGACGAGGAGUACACACCACGAGGAAGUGGUGGCGGCGGAGGUGGUGGGGGUGGCGGUGAUCGUGCCAACGACCAGCGAAACAAUUAUUCGGAAGGUCGAGGCAAUAAUCGUCGUGGUUACAGCGAAAAGCGAGGCACCAGUAGUGGAGGGGGCAAGCGACCAGAUAGAAACAAACCUCAAGGUCAGGGUGGUCCGUCUUCUUCGUCCGGUUCGGUCGGACAGGGCGGUCCAGGUGGUGCUAGUCAGCAGCAUUACCAGUCACAAACGCAACAGCAGCAGUCUGGCGGGAUCGAUGAUCCGUGGUCCGAGUUUCUUGAGGAUAACAAUCGAGAUAGCAAUCGUGAAAUGAAUAGUGUUGAUAGGGAUAGUCACUCAUCGAAUGAAGGAACCCACAACCGAAGUCGCCGAAGAUCGAAGAAUCGGGGACACUCUAACAAGUCUAAUGGAAACGUCCAAUCGUUGAGUGUGAAAUCGGGUAUUGCAACUGCCAAUAGUACACAACAACAGCCACAGCAACCUGGUACCGCAGACCUACAUGACAGCAACAGCAGCAACACGAACGUUUCCGGCAGCACUAAGUCUCAACCGAAUCAUCAGCACAGUACGGCUAAUGCGAAUAAUGCUAGCAAUAAUAACAGUAACAGCGCUUCGCAUCAACAACAGCUGCAGCAACAUCAGCCACCGCCGAAGGCUCAGCGAGAUCGUGACAGCGGUCCGCGAAACCGUGGUGGCCGCGGAGGUGGCGGCGGAGGUGGUAAGCAUAAGCAAAAUCAGCAUCAGAGUAUCCAGAAUCAGGCAGCUGCUGGCGGCUCCCUCAAUAGCAACAGUACUAAUGCUGAGCACCAUCACCAUCAGCAGCCACCACAGCAGCAGCAACAACAACAGCAGCAGCAGCCGCACAAUCCCGUUGGCGGUGGUCCAGGCAAAGAAACGCUCGUUAAUGGCUCCUCAUAGAACCAGCUGGCCAGAGCCCAUCUGCUACUGGUGGGGGCGUGAACUAAAGAUAUAUAUAAAACACACACCUACUAUUACUACUACUACUAAUAAUAAACACACCCACAUAUGAAACAAUGAGAAGUUUAAAACUUACACAAACAUAGAGGAAAAAACUUACUCGACUCGGCAACAACCAAUUACGAAUAUAUUGCGUGUAUUCAGCAAACAUGGGAAGGCAGACAGAGAGUAGAUACACACACAUACACCGAGAGUUUUAGGCAAAACUCGUUUAUGGUAGAAGAUAUGUUUUUUGCUGAAAGUAGCAAACACAAAACCGUGUCGUUGUCGUCGUCUCGUAGAUGUGAGAGCAAAACAAUAAAUUAGACACUCACACGCAGAAAGCAAGAGCAAAAACAAAAUGCAUAACCAUUGAUGAAUGUAAGGGAAACAAAAUGGCCGCCAAUGCUUCAACGGCAUCACCGCAGAGAGAAGAAAACAAGAACAAAAUAAUUUAAACAUAAACAAGCACGUUUAUUGAACUAUAUAGCUUGCAGUAUUUUGAAUAAGAACCCCUUCACACACAUAUUUUAUCCAUUUAUUCUUGCUCUUAAUAUUCUCAUCGCACGUCAGUUCGUUUUACACCCGUUCGUAAAUGAGUUUUUUUUCGUCAAAUUUUCACGUAUAGAAAUUAUUUGAAAAGAUUUGGUUCCAAUUCGAUUCGUUUUUUUUUCACUAUUGCCACCGAGAAAAACAAGCCGAGCCGGUGGUGGCGAGUGAAGAAACUAGUGAUUAAAAAUAUGUUACGUUAUUUUCUUUUCGCAACAAAAAAAAAAUGUCCGAAGAAGAAAGAUAAAAUUUCCAAAACACAUACACAUAUACACACACGCACGACGAAAUUAAAAUAUCAACAUUUAUAUCCCAUAUGAUUUAUAUGAUUGCAGUAAUGUUCAAGCAUAUUGUUUCCCUUAAGUAGAUCGGCUUCGUUUCAUAGAGAAGCGUUAACAAAGCAGUAAGCCGGAGAAAAAAAUAUAACGGCAUGCCCAUUUAGUCAAAACAAUCGCAUAAACUGGCUGCAAAUCCACUACUUUUUCAGCUUAUGUUAAAGUAAAAAAAAAUGAAAUGCAAAUCAAAUAUGAGGUAUAGUACUAGGUAGACAAAAAAGGAAAGGAGCGAGAGAAGAAAAAAAACGAAUACACAGGUUAGACUAUUUUUCUAUCAGUUAAAGUGCUUGGAAUUUCGUCGUUAUUCUCACUCACCUCGUUGUUUUUCCUCCGUGAACGUUCAAUUCUACACCUACACACCCUGUUGUACUAUCCGUUUCCUUUCUUGGCCCAUUGUCGCGUGGCAAGAAGCAUCGUCGUCGGGCCGUGCGCGUUGGUCUAACGGAUCGCGAGAGCAAUCGUAGCGAAGCGCAAAGCGGAAGAACUGAUGAUCCUGCGGUCAUUUUUCGAGCAGUGAAAAAUGAAUUCAGAUGGAAAGAUACAACACAAGGUAUCCCAAGCAUUAUAUUUUUUAUUAUUUUGUUCUAGUUUUACGCGCUAUUUAGUCCUGUCACUGAUAUUUUUAUUUAUUAUAUUAUAGUUUAACUAUUUCUGUGAGAAAAUUGUACUUUAGUUCGAAAAUAACGUUCUGGUGUUGAUGGAUUUUUAUGUUGGGAACAGAAAAGAACCGUUCAGAACAGUUGUUUUGGUCUUUUUCUCUCUAAUUCUUUGUUUUAUUUUCAACCGAUUGCUAAAAUCUAUUUUCCCAACAACAAUUGAGUUGGGUCCCUCAUUAGCUCUGUUAUUCUAUCCAUUGAGUCAAAUUCUCCUUGUCACCCAGAAGGAGGUGUCAUUAGGCGACCGUUAAAGAAGCUCAUCAAAUCACUCAUAAGAGUGAAUCUCACAGUCACCGCUCACCAAGGUGCUGAUAUUUAGACGAAAGGAAUGAACGAAUCGGACAAUGGUAUUAUACUAACUCGAUCGUUCGGAAUUGUUUUUAUUACAAGAGUUACGGUAACAAUGACAAGCGAUCUACGCUUACUCUCACGUGACCUCUUCAACCUUUUUCACGUAAGGUGAGAUGGUCAAAACUAGCUCGUGGGAUGAGAUUUACGCUGAAGUGAAUUUUUUCAGAUGUGAAGACCACGGCUUCCACAAAUGUUAAUGGCUGAAUAGACUUUUGUGCUAAGAAACAGUUAUUUCUAUCAAGUUUUUAUUUGAAAUUUGAUUCGUUAUACCUAUUUUUCCGUGAAUUCUUCGAAUCAAAUUCGUUCUAAGGGAUGGAAAAAUCGUAGGUAUUUUCUUUUAUCGAGCGCAAUCGAAAUUGAGGAUAUAGUUUUAUAAUUUGUUCGAAACUUUUUGGGUUGGCAUGCAAGUAUUUCGUAUACUAAUGGCAUACUUCCAGGCGUAUUGCAGUUAACACAUUUCUUCAAAGCAACUAGUUGAAAUCGACUCGAUAAGUAUAACGAUAAAUAUAAAAUAUAACCGCAUAUAACAAAAUUCAAUCUUUUGUUGUUGUAUAUUUAUAUUUACGAUUUUAUUUAAAAAAAUUAUCAAAUAAUAAUUUUAGAUAUUUCGAAAGGCGAUCAUGUAAUUCUCCACCACCUAAAAAGCAUUAUUUUGCUACAUAGCGUUCACGGUCUAAGGCUGAUUUCUCCCAACAUCAAACUCAAUCAUCGAAUAAUUAAGCAAAUAAGGCUUCUUGUUUUCGUACUUUUCAUUUUAUCACACAGGGGCUUAUUACGGGAGUCACUUCACGGUGAGAACGAAGUGAAAAAAUCUCACGGUGAAAAAAGACGCGUGCAAAUCAAAUGGGAAUCACUUUCACCGUGCCUAUUACGGUUGUCACUUCACCGUGAAGUGAUUCCCGUGAUAAGCCUCACUGAAUUUACUGCAACGUGGACGUUUUUCUUCACCCAGAAUACGGCUGAAACGAUUUUACCCCGCAAGUAAAAUCCUGACAAAAUGUGUCACUCUCAUCAAGCAGCGUUUACUAUGUCCCCGUAAUCGAAUCGAACCUUAAGCUGAACAAAAGCUUAAAUAAAAUCAUGAUCCUCUUUGAUAUAAACAGAAACACAUGCCGAUAAACAUUUGCCCGGGAGAGAAGAAAUCCCACACAUAAAUCGAGGCAAAUUUGCGAAAAGCAUACUAAUAUUGAGUGUUCGUUUAUUUUGAAUUUUGAGAAUGGAACAGAUAUAACGCAUAUGCACUAUCAAACAAGACAAAACAAGAACAAAAAAAAAUAGAUGAAACCAAUUGCUAUUCGAAAAGCUGACAAGUAAAAGAUGAAAAUAAAAAGUAAAAAUGUUACAACAAAAAAUACGCAUUUUUAAAUGUAAAAUUGUAGUUAUGUAUUAGUAAUGAAAUAAAUAAUAAGUUAAAAAGUAACCUAUAGCAAGAACAACUAGUAUCGCCCGUCACUGCGCGCUGAUUGUAAUUUAAACAAAGAACCUCUUUUUGAUAUAUGGGCAUAACAGCAAGAAAAAAAACCCUCAAAAAUAAAAAAAAACUUCUCACAAGUAUCGUAACACAAACAGUCACCCCGUUCCCUCCUUAAAAUUCGUGUAUUUCGCGUACAUCUCACAUUUUUUUCUCGAUAUGAAAAACAUCAUCCCCACAGACACCCCAAAAACACCUUCCUCCCAACCCACCACGCCACCGAACACUCACUCACAUAGACACACGCACAUCCAGUCACACGUACACUUAAUGCGCUCUCGAUUAUGGAAUUUAUAACGACUCAAUGUUAAGCAAACACAGGAACGAGUAAAAAAAAAAAGAAAAAAAAUAGCGAAACAAGUGAGAACAAAAAUAAAACACAAAACAUAUGGAGAAGAAGAGUCAAAUAAAUAAAUAUUGCCUUCAAAUAUUAUAA